AUGGCCACAAAUGCAGCAGAGGCUGCGACCUCAGAGAAGCCGCAUGUGGCAAAGGCAAAGCGAUCCUGGCCACUCUGGAAGAAGCUCACUGCCUUUGGCGUGACACUUUCAGUCAUCAUCGCUCUGGCUGUCGGACUUGGUGUUGGCCUCACUCGAGGAAAGGGAGGAAGCAACAGCGACGAUACUGCAAACUCAGAGACCGACGAUUCAACAGAACCCUAUCUCAAAGCUCGUAGCAGUCUUUGGCAACCCAAAGUUGGAGCACAAUGGCAGAUUGUUCUCCUCAAGCCUAUCAAGCUCAACAAGGACGGCUCCGCCAAGGACCUCAAGCCCAACGUUGGCAUUUAUGACCUGGACCUCUAUGAUAACGACGCCGAGACCUUUGCAGCCCUGCAUAAAGCUGGCAAAAAGGUCAUAUGUUACUUCAGCGCCGGAUCAUGGGAGGAUUGGCGCGAUGACAAGAACCAGUUCAACAAGGCCGAUCUUGGCAAGACUCUUGACGGCUGGCCUGAUGAGAAAUGGCUCAAUCUGAGAAGCACCAACGUUCGCAACAUCAUGAAGAAGCGCAUCAAGCUUGCUGCUCAGAAGGGUUGCGACGCCAUUGACCCCGACAACGUCGAUGGUUAUCAAAAUGACAAUGGCCUCAAGCUGACCAAGAAAGACUCUAUCGACUACAUCAAGUUCCUCGCUGCAGAGGCUGCAAAGUACAACAUGUCAACUGGUCUCAAGAACGCCGGCGAUAUUAUCUCCUCUGUUCUCCCCUACGUCCAGUUCUCAGUCAAUGAGCAAUGCGUCGAGUACUCUGAGUGUGAGACAUUUGCGAAGUUCAUCAAGGCCAAGAAGCCUGUUUUCAAUAUUGAAUAUCCCAAAGGUGCGCCCAAGGUCAAGGAGUCCGAUCGCAAAGCCAUUUGCUCGAAGAAGGGCAAGGCAAAGGGUACAGAAGGUUUCAGCACUGUUAUCAAGAAGAUGAAUCUUGAUGGUUGGGUCAUGUACUGCACCGGGAAUACCUAUCAGACCGCAGUCGAGAACUGA